AUGACGUACGCGUCGGUGAUCUCGCUGCACCAGCUCAACAUCGCCGUGAUCGCCGUUCUCGUUCUCCUCGUGCUGCUCGUGCUCGUCCUCUCCAUCGCCAAGGCGCGCUCCACGUGGCUCCACCGCCGCGCCGUCUUGCGCCAGCAGGCGGAAAGCGCGCAGAACCUUCGGCCGGUCGGGCAACGCGGUUUGCUGGUAGACGACCGGCCAGGGAACGGUAUUCCCGAGGAGCUGAUUAAGCUGCUAGGGCAGGUGGUGGCGUUCGAGGCGGCCAAGGUCGGCGGGGAGUGCGAGAGCGAGCGCGAGUGCAUCGUGUGCCUGGGGGAGUAUAACGAGGGUGACAUGGUGCGCGUGCUCGACGCGUGCCACCACAUGUUCCACCAGGUGAGACGCGCGUGUCGCCGCGUGUCAUUCGGUGAGAUGCGUGUGCCUGCAUGGAUGAAGGCGUAG